CCCUGCUCCCUCCCCCACCUCUCCGGAGGGGCAGCGAUGUGUGAUCACGGAGUGGAAACAAAUAUGUCCUUACUUUCAAUGCCCCCUUUGAAAGAGACAAAGUAAACGCUCCUUGCAAAAUGUUCCUGACCUGCGAAGGGACCUUCGGGAUUGUUCCAGCCACCAUGGAUUACAAUGGGGACGCCGGGCCGGGCCAUUUCCACGCCGGCUAUCAAGAAAUCGAAGGGAUAAACUUGGGAUACUUACAGAUCAAUGGCACUCAGAUGUUUGCUCUGGCCCAGGUCCUCAGCGACCUGUUCAAGGAUAUCCCCAGGACCACCAUCAGCAAGAAGAUGGAAACCUUAAAGAUCAAGAGCCGCCGCUGCGAUCUCCACGAGCUCCGCACCCUCAAAGCCAUCAACUCGGUGCCCACCCGCGCCGUGAAGUGCUCGCUCAUCUCCAAAGCGGACCUGGAGGCUCUCUGCACCUCCUGCAAGAGCCUCAGCCCCCGGCGGAGGAAGAGGAAAAGGAAAACCCGGCGGGAGCACUUCGACCGCCUGAUCCGGCAGUCCAAGCUGUGGUGCUACGCCAAAGGGUUCAACGUGGACGGGAAAAGUUUGCGGCACGGAGGGAGGACGGAGCCCUGCAAAGCUGCAGAGCUCAAAUCCCCCGGCUCCAAAAGAGCAGAGAGCCCCGGCACCUUGUCAAACAAAGCUUUGAGAGGCAAUGGCUCGGAAAGGAAUGCCAAGCGCAGACGCCUUGCCAGAGGCGCUGAGGCAGAAAGGCAACAGAGCUCCUCCAAAGGGAGGCCACAAAAGACUCAAAGGAGGAAUGCCAAAAAGGGAAACACUCAUUGCAAACGCCUCGGCAGCGCCGGGCCAACCCCGCCUCGGAAUUCCUUCAGCCUCAUGGGCAACUUCCCGUGUAUUCCCUCCUUGGUCGUGGGGGAAGACGGGGAUCUGUGCCCUGCCUCCUCCCUGGGGGGCAAAAACUCCUGGGCCCUCUCCAAAACCCACCCGCUGUGGAGAUGGCACGUGGGGGGCAACGCCAUCCCGGUGCCCCCCAGCCUCAAAUUCCGGGGCUAUAGCUUGGAGGAUCUCUAAGGACAGCGGACGGCCCCGCACGAAAGGUUGCGCGCAGCAGAUGCGGGAGGGGAGCGGGACCGGGGGGG